AUGAGGCGGCUGACGCUUAAACUGCGAGCACAAAUGGUGUUUUUUAUCAUGGCCACCUGCAUUAUAUGCCAGUGUGGACUAAUAAACGGAGAAAUCUGCCCAAGCAAGGACAUCCGGAAUAAUGUGACCAACCUCCAGCUGCUGGAGAACUGCACCAUCAUCGAGGGCCAUCUAAAGAUUCUGCUUAUGUUUAAGACCAGGACGGAGGACUUUCGCGGCCUGAGCUACCCGAAGCUGCGAGUAGUGACCGACUACGUGCUGCUGUUCAGGGUCUAUGGCCUGGAGACCCUCAGCGAGCUAUUCCCCAACCUGACAGUGAUUCGCGGCAAUAACCUCUUCUUCAACUACGCGUUUGUGCUUUACGAAAUGCUGCAGCUGAAGGAGGUGGGCCUUCACAGCCUCAUGAACAUCACCCGGGGUGCUGUGAGGAUAGAGAAAAAUCCAGACCUGUGUUACCUGGCUACCCUGGACUGGUCUAAGAUCCUGGACUCAGUGGAGGACAACUUCAUCGUGGCCAAUAAGAAUGAAAGAGAAUGUGGAGACGUGUGUCCUGGCAUAGCCCAAGGUCAGACCGUCUGCCCUCAAAGCACCAUCAAUGGAAACUUCAGGGGACGAUGUUGGUCGCAGAAUCACUGCCAGAGAAUGUGCUUGGACAACUGUAAGCACAGUGCCUGCAGCCUCCAAGGCCAGUGCUGCCACGACCAGUGCCUGGGUGGCUGCUCUGAGCCAGGUAACGCCAGCAGCUGCGUAGCCUGCCGGAACCUCCAGCAUGGGAACACCUGUGUAGAGAAAUGUCCUCCUGGAUACUACGUCUUCAGAGGGUGGCGCUGUGUCAGCUUUUCUUUCUGUCAGGACCUCCAUAACCAGUGUAAGCAGACAAAGAAACAAAACCAGGACCGGGAGUCAAGCUGCUAUGAAUAUGUCAUCCACAAUGGAGCCUGUAUCCCAGAGUGCCCUUCUGGAUACUCCAGUAUAAAUUCCACUACGCUGACUUGCUCGCCGUGUGCGGGCUUGUGUCCUAAAGAGUGUGGGGGAAAUAAGACGAUUGACUCGGUAACUUCAGCCCAAGCUUUGAGAGGGUGCACUGUUGUUAAAGGCAACAUGAUCAUCAAGAUUCGAGGAGGGAAUAACAUAGCAGCUGAAUUGGAGGCUAGUUUGGGUCAGAUUGAAGAGAUCACAGGCUACCUGACCAUUCGCAGAGCUUACGCCUUGGUCUCCCUUUCAUUCCUCCGGAAACUACGUGUCAUCAGGGGAGAGCAUCUUGAGGCAGAUGUCUAUGCCUUCUAUGCACUGGACAACCAGAACCUCCGUGAGCUCUGGGAUUGGUCCAAGCAUAAUCUAACCAUCCUGCGUGGUCGUACAUUCUUCCACUACAACUCUAAGCUUUGCAUGUCUGAAAUCCGAAAGAUGGAGCAGGUGACAGGAACCAGGGAUCGAAACCAAAAGAACGACAUCGCUACGCGCAACAACGGGGACCAAGCUUCCUGUGAGACAAAGCUGUUGAAUUUCACUGUGAUCAAGACCACGUCGACUAUGAUUAUGCUGAAGUGGGAGCCAUUUUGGCCCACAGACUUUAGAGACCUGCUGGGAUUCAUGGUUCUCUACAAAGAGGCGCCAUAUAAGAAUGUGACCGAGUUUGAUGGACAGGACGCCUGUGGUUCUAACAGCUGGGUGAUCGCUGAUGUCGAGCCGCCGUCUCGUCCCACGGACGGAAAGAAGGCAGAAGAUCCGGGGCACCUGAUCCGACCGUUGAAGCCCUGGACCCAGUAUGCCAUCAUGGUAAAAACCCAGCUGUCUGCUUCUGAUGAGCACCAGGUUCACGGAGCCAAGACCAAGAUCAUCUAUGUUCGCACAGAUGCCUCUAAACCCUCUGUUCCUCUGGACCCCAUCUCUUCAUCUAACUCCUCCUCUCAGAUCAUCCUAAAGUGGAAACCGCCCGCCAAUCCCAAUGGCAACAUCACCCACUACCGGGUCAUCUGUCGUAAGCAGCAGGAGGACAGCGACCUGUACAAGUUUGACUACUGCCUGCAAGGAAUGAAAGUGCCGUCUCGCAUCCCGACCCAUUUGGACAGUGAGGAUGAGCAGAAGUGGAACCACACAGAUGAGCCCACCUCAGGGGGCAAGUGCUGUGCCUGCCCCAAGACAGACAGCCAGCUAAAGAAGGAACAGGAGGAGAUAGAGUACCGCAAGACCUUCGAGAACUACCUACACAACGAAGUCUUUGAGAGCAGACCAACUCGGCGGCGGCGCUCGGUGGGAGUUGCCAAUGCCACCCAGCCCCCUCUUUUCCUUACAUCAGUCCCCAGUCUGCAUUUUGGCUCAACCACAAUCUCCCCUGAUGGCGAGGACCAAGAGGAAUCCAAGGUGGAACAAAAGGUGUUCUCAAAGGAGUCAACCGUCAUCGCCAACCUGCAACACUUUACCAGUUAUAAAAUAGAGAUUAUAGCCUGCAACCAUCUGACAGACCUCAAACGCUGCAGCAUGGCUACUUAUGUCAGUGCCCGAACUAUGCCAGAGGAGAAAGCAGAUGACAUCCCAGAGCCUGUGACUCAUGAGAUAGUGCCAGGCGAGACUCCCUAUGUGUUGAUUAAUUGGAAUCCACCUGUCAACCCCAAUGGCCUCAUCAUCCUAUAUGAGGUCUUCUACAAGAAGGUUGGAGACACAGAGGAUCUCACGUUUUGUGUGUCACGGCCGGCCUACCAGAAGUUGGGUGGCACGAAGCUUUCACUUGUGCAGCCUGGAAACUACAGCGUGAGGGUUCGGGCCACCUCGUUGGCAGGAAAUGGCUCUUUUACAGAAACCAUUUACUUCUUCAUGCCCAACCCUGAUCAAGGCUUGGUGUGGAUUGUAAUGGGUCCCGUCAUUUGCUUCAUCCUGCUGCUUGUUGUGGGAGGUGGAGCCUUUGUGUACUUCAAAAAGAGGGAAACCGAAGGGCCACUAGGAGAUCUCAUCACUUCACCAAACCCUGAGUACUUCAGCGCUAAUGACAUGUAUGUUCCUGACGAGUGGGAGGUGCCCCGGGAGAAGAUCGCACUGCUCAGAGAGCUGGGUCAGGGCUCCUUUGGUAUGGUGUACGAAGGAGUUGCCAAAGACAUCAUCAAAGGCGAUCCCGAGACACGCGUAGCUGUCAAGACGGUCAAUGAAUCGGCCAGCCUGAGAGAGAGGAUCGAGUUUCUCAACGAAGCCUCCGUCAUGAAGGCUUUCAGCUGUCACCACGUGGUACGUCUGUUAGGCGUGGUGUCCAAAGGUCAGCCCACCCUGGUAGUGAUGGAGCUGAUGACCCACGGUGACCUGAAAAGCUAUCUGCGGAGUCUCAGGCCAGACUCUGAGAACAACCCAUCAGGCUGUCCACCACCUACUCUGAAAGACAUGCUCCAGAUGGCAGCAGAAAUUGCCGACGGCAUGGCUUACCUCAACGCCAAAAAGUUUGUCCACAGAGACCUUGCGGCGAGAAACUGCAUGGUGGCGGAGGACUUCACCGUCAAGAUCGGAGACUUUGGUAUGACACGAGACAUCUAUGAGACGGACUACUACCGUAAAGGAGGGAAGGGCCUGCUUCCUGUCCGGUGGAUGGCGCCUGAGUCUCUGAAGGACGGCGUCUUCACUGCCCACUCUGACUGCUGGUCUUUUGGUGUUGUGCUGUGGGAGAUCAGCACACUAGCCGAGCAGCCUUACCAGGGUUUAUCCAAUGAGCAGGUUCUGAAGUUCGUCAUGGAAGGAGGAUUCCUGGACCGACCAGAGAACUGCCCUGAGAGGAUGCACAGCCUUAUGCAGAUGUGCUGGCAGUACAAUCCCAAGAUGCGGCCAACGUUCCUUGAGAUCAUCGAGAUGCUGCGGGACGAUCUGGACCCAUCUUUCCAGGAGGUCUCCUUCUUCUACAGCGAAGAGAACAAAGUCCCUGAGACAGAGGAGUUUGACCUGGACCUGGACAACAUGGAAAGCAUCCCCCUGGACCCGUCUUCAUAUUCUCAGAGAGAGGAAAGCUUAUCCAGGGACAGCGGGCCUUCAGUGGCCCUAAGGGGGAACUAUGAGGAGCAUGUCCCCUACACACAUAUGAACGGUGGCAAGAAAAAUGGAAGAAUUUUAUCAUUGCCCAGAUCCAGCCCUUCCUAACAUUUCCUUUUUCCUUUAAAGGACUUAUUAAAACUUUCCCACCCCUCCUCCCUUCUGAUCUAUUUUUCUGUAUCCAUCAUGUUCUUAUCCUUUUUCUAAUGAUUUUCUUAUUCUCGGAGAAGCCCGUCAAAAAAAAAAAGAAAAAGAAAAAAAAAAGACACAAAUCUCAGGACUUUUUAUUUUCUUCCUCGUGGCUGCCGAACAGGCAAAGGAAAGGAUGCAAACACGGUGAACGUUUUUUUUUUUUUGUUGUUGUUUUUAAACUUGCUUGCUCCACAACACAUCAGACUUUGUAUUACCAGAAAACCAAACUAUUGUUUUUCACUAUUGCCACGUUUCCAGGACUCCUUGUGAGGGAAACAGGAAAAAGCAAAGAAAAGAGAGAAAAAAAAAAAUGUGAACACAACAAACUUUAGACAACCAAGAAGGCUGCUUGUG